ACCAAAUGUAAAAAUAUAACUGCGUAGUUUCGUAUUUUGACCGUUCCUUACAAUGCGACUACAAUAAGAAAUUUGAAUUUAUUCUAUAACAUUUAUUCAAUUUGACGACCUAUUUUUCAUCGUUUUUAGACACGCAAGUGCCGUGCUAUUUUAUUUUGAAUAGUGUAAAACUAAAAUACAGUAAACAUGUGCAAUUGAUGGUAGACGGAAAAAUUAAUGAACUGCACGUUUACGGCCUCCACGCACUACUCGUGAGCAUCAUUGCUAUAGGUUCGGGCAAUGUCAACGUUCAUGACACACAGAAGUUGCUGACAACUGUAGUACGUUACAUCUUCUACCUUUUCUUCAUACGUGGGUCUCAAGCAGCUAUUGUGUUGAUCUACAAGAUUCACUAUUGGAAUGUAACAAUAGAUUUACAAAGGAUUAUACAAAAACAUAAGACGUCCAUGUACAUAUUUGGCGCAUCGCUCGCCGUGUUAAUAUAUAAUAGGGAGAGCUUGUUCAGAGAAGACUUUUUCUUCUUGUUCGCGGCUCAAUUUAUUGAGAAAUAUUUGAACAUGGAGCAUUCACCGACAAGCAUUAGAUACGGCAUCGGUAUGGCGUGCAGCUUCUUCGAAGGCUACCUAACGCACGUGCUGCCCAGCGACGGGGCGAGGUUCGUGGGCUUCGCGGAGAACAUCGCCAUAUACGAGGCGAACCAGGGCGUCGUGUUCCCCGUGAAGAAGCUGUUCAUAAUCAUCACCAAGUCGAUGUACUGCCCGCCGGACCUCAAGCAGUUCAACAAGCCCAACAGGACCGACCUGGCUCGGCUAGAGGCCUGUGAAUCGUUAUCUGAUGUGGAGAAGGACGUAGCCGGUGUGAAGAACCGCACAUACCGCAACUCUGCGUACAAGAUCCACCGGCCGGGCAGCGACCCCGUGUACCUGGCGGCCGAGUGCGCCACCCCGCUGCACACGCUGCACCUCGUGCUGCAGAAGCGGGCACUCUUCGAAGAGCUGAAGAACAUCGACGUGGAGGAAGUGGUGAACGACUUCUGCACGAUGCUGCGCUCCAUCAUCAGCAAGAGUCACGACUGCCACGAUAAGUGCGAGCUGGUCUACUUUGACAAUACGAAUCCAGAUCUCAACUUGGCAGAUGUUUUACUCGACAAGAUAAGGGAAUUGGAGCCCAAUUUCGAGAAUAUUCGCCUGCAGUAAUUACAGUUAUUAGGUUACGUAC